CCUCGCAUCACGACCCUGCUGGAGACCUUGGACAUCCUGUUGGAUCACAACGCCACGUUCAUCUGUGAAGUCGACUCCCGACCGCCAGCUGAUAUCACGUGGACGCGGAAUAACCACCCAAUCCCGUAAGAGCAUUCAACAAAAUUGACAACAUUAGACAACCUUGUCUGGUACAUUUGAGUCAUUUAAACAGACUUGAAAUUGUAUGAUCGGUCAUUACAGAGGCUUUUGGUGAGUUUUAGAGAAGUUUAAUUCGUUCAGGUCACAGCUUUAUGUCUCAGUUUUAUCCAGAUACUAUGACUAUGAUUACAAUGGUUAAUGUCUAUUCAUUCCCUAAUGCUCUCCAGAUACUAUGAUUCUGUUUCCUGUUUUAUCCAGAUACUAUGAUUCUGUUUCCUGUUUUAUCCAGAUACUAUGAUUCUGUUUCCUGUUUUAUCCAGAUACUAUGAUUCUGUUUCCUGUUUUAUCCAGAUACUAUGAUUCUGUUUCCUGUUUGAUCCAGAUACUAUGACUCCCGCUACACUACCAGGGAGAAUGGCCAGAUGCUGUUGAUCCCGAACGUCAGAGAUUCUGAUAACGGGGAGUACUGCUGUGUUGCUAACAAUGGCAUCGGAGAGCCGGCCAAGAGCUGCGGAGCCUUGCAGCUUAAAAUGAGU